UUGUAACAACACAAAUGGAAGCUACAAAUGUUCUUGUUAUCCUGGAUUUAAACUUCUUGACAACAAGCAAUGCAUAGAUAUUGAUGAAUGUUUAACUGAAAACGGUGACUGUCAACAUCUAUGUGAGAAUUUUAUUGGAAGUUAUCAAUGUCGAUGUAGAACAGGCUACAGACUGGUGGAGAAUGGGAAGCAGUGUGUUGACAUUGAUGAAUGUUCAAUCGAAAAUAGUGGCUGUCAACAAAUUUGCGAGAACUCUAUUGGGAGUUAUCAAUGUCAAUGUAGGACAGGCUACAGACUGAUGGAGAAUGGGAAACAGUGUGUUGAUACUGAUGAAUGCUCAGUAAGAAAUGGUGGAUGCCAACAGAACUGUAUUAAUUCUGAUGGAAGCUACAAGUGUUCGUGUAACUCUGGAUAUACACUAGUUAACACUACAAACUGUUUAGAUAUUGAUGAAUGUCAGAACAACCACAGUUUAUGCCAUCAAAUAUGUAACAAUAUAGAUGGAAGUUACAAAUGUUCUUGCUUCAAAGGAUUUCAGCUCAUUGACAACCAUUUUUGUCUUGGAAACAAUACUUUGACAAUUCUUGUAAUUGAAUCACCAAACAUGCUAAAGGUGGAAGCAAUAAAGAAACGGUUAACAAAUAUGCUAGCAAUACGCCUGAAUAUAAAGAAAGAAGAUUUACUAAUUGAUGUUGAACUAAAGAGUAUAACAAACAUAAACAUGAAAGAAGUAAAGGCCACUGUAACAACCAGAUAUCCAGAGGAAAUUAAAAAACUUGAAAAGCUACAGAAGAUAUGGUCUUCUAUUCCAUUUUGGAGAAAAGAGCGGAUUGUUAACCCUUCAAAAGUCUGACAGGAAUUUUUACUUAAACCACCCAGACAUUCAGGAUAACUUACUACCCCAGAAAAUACAGUGGAAGUAAGAAUGAUAUUGAAAUCUUAUAAUGAAAUUCUAAAACAUAACAACGAACCAUUUUAAAAAAUUUUCUCCCAAUAAAGAUUACUUCACUGCAUGCAUGCCUUUGUACCUAAA